AUGGAGGGUCACCCAUAUGCAGGGCGGUUAACUCAAGAUGAGUUUAGUUUGGUUGAAGAAUUGACAGCGAUGAAUAUGCCUCCACGUGAUAUUUUAGCAAUCAUCAAGGAGAGGGAUCUAAGUAAUGUGUCUACAAUUAGUACGACCUACAACAGACGCACUAAACUUCGCAUGGCCGAGCAAGUAGGCAAUUCUCCAAUGCAGGUUCUCAUGGCUCUUUUGCAUUCUAACAAUUAUGUUUACGAAUUUUCUACAACUUCUUCGAACGAGCUAGAAAAUCUAUUCUUUGUGCAUCAAACAUCAUUCAGUAUUUGGCGUGCAUUUCCACAUGUGUUGAUUAUCGAUGCCAUGUACAAGACCAACUAUUACAAUUUGCCUUUUGUGGAGAUUGUUGGUGUAACGUCGACCAACAAGACAUUUUUGAUAGCUUUUGCAUUUAUACAAAAUGAAAGGACAACUAACCAUACAUGGGUCUUAAAUUGUCUUAAGUUGACUUUAGACUGUUGCAUGCACCCACGUGUUAUAGUUACUGACAGAGAGUUGGCUCUAGUAAAUGCAUGCAAAGAGAUUUUCCCAGAUGCAACUCAACUAUUGACAGAGAGUAGACCCUUGAGAUUGUGA